AUGGCUGUUGACAUGAAUAUACAAGAAUUGUUGGUUGUAGGUGAUUCCGACUUGUUGAUUCAUCUGGUUCAAGACGAAUGGAGCACCAAGAAUGUGAAGAUACUCCCAUAUUUGCUGUGUGUGAAAGAAUUGUGCAAGAAAUUUGUCAAGAUAGAAUUCAAGCAUAUUCCUCGAGAUCAGAACGAGUUUGCAAAUGCGUUGGCAACCCUGGCUUCUAUGAUUCAACAUCCAGACAAGAACUAUAUAGAUCCAAUUAAGGUCAAUGUGCAGGAUCAACCAGCUUAUUGUUUCCAUGUAGAUGAAGAACCGGAUAGAGAACCUUGGUACUAUGACAUUAAGAGGUAUCUCAGAGAAAGAGACUAUCCAGAAAGAGCAAGCAAGUUGAUUGAAGAAAUACAUGGGGGUACAUGUGGCCCACACAUGAAUGGUUUUACUUUGGCAAAGAAAACUCUACGAUCAGGAUAUUUUUGGAUGACCAUGGAAACAGACUGCAUUCGUUUUGUGAGAAAGUGUCAUCAAUGUCAGAUUCAUGGUGAUUUGAUUCGGGUUCCACCGAAUGAGCAACAUGUGACGAGUUCUCCUUGGCCAUUUGCAGCUUGGGGCAUGGAUGUCAUUGGCCCUAUUGAGCUAGCCGCCUCAAAUGGACACAUGUUCAUUCUGGUAGCUAUUGAUUACUUCACAAAGUGGGUAAAAGCAUCUUCACACAAGUCUGUGACAAAGAAGGUGGUGACAUAUUUUGUUCGCAAUAACAUCAUUGGUAGAUUUGGGAUCCCCGAGUCAAUUAUUACAGAUAAUGGAGCUAAUCUCAAUAGUGGCUUGAUGCAUGAGAUAUGCAAGAGGUUCAAAAUUAUUCACCGCAAUACCACUCCUUAUCGACCUCAGAUGAAUGGAGCAGUUAAGGCUGCAAACAAAAAUAUCAAGAGGGUAUUGCGGAAAAUGACAGAUAACUACAAGCAUUGGCAUGAGAUUUUUUCAUUUGCCCUCCUUGGCUACCGCCCCACAAUCAGGACUUCGACUGGGGCAACACCUUAUCUUUUGGUUUAUGGAACAGAAGCAGUGCUACCAAUGGAAGUUGAGAUACCAUCUUUGAGGAUCAUCCAAGAAACUGAGUUAAGUGAAGCCAAGUGGAUGCAAAACCGGUAUAAACAAUUGAUGCUCAUUGAUGAAAAAAAGAAUGAAUGCAGUUUGUCACAGGCAACUUUAUCAACAAAGGAUGGCCAAAGCUUUCAACAAGAAAGUAAGAUUGAGACAGUUUGA